AUGAGACCACUUCCGCCGCUCAGCUCUGCAACAAGUCGAUUUCUCUCUCUUCUCAGCAACUGCUCCUCUGCUACUCACAUCAACCAAAUCCAAGCCCAACUCAUCCUCCUAAACCUCCACUCAAACACCACCAUUGCCUCCCACUUCAUCUCUGCCUGUCAAUCUCUUGGCCUCUUGGAUUUAGCCCACCUCCACUUCCUAACUCAGCUUCCCAAACCCCAUGUUUUCAUUUGCAAUUCUCUCAUUAGAGCAUUCUCUCACUCCCACACUCCUCGUAAUCAGAUUCAUAAUCACAUCCCUCUCUCUAUCUACAUCCACAUGCAUAAAAGCUCCAUUCUUCCCAAUAACUUCACCUUCCCUUUCCUUCUAAAGUCCCUAGCUGAUUCCCACGACUUCAAACAAGGGCAAUGCUUGCAUACCCAUGUCUUAAAAUUGGGUCAUCUCUAUGAUAUUUACGUGCAUAACUCGUUAUUGAAUGUCUAUGCAUCGUGUGGCCGCAUGGAGUUUUGUCGACAGGUGUUUGAUGAAAUGCCCCAGAGAGAUGUUGUGUCGUGGACGGUUUUAAUAAUGGGGUACCGAAACUCCGAGAAUUAUGAUGAUGCCUUGAUUUCUUUUGAACAGAUGCAAUAUGCUGGUGUGGUCCCCAAUCAUGUGACAAUGGUGAAUGCUUUAGCUGCUUGUGCAAAUUUCGGGGCCCUUGAGAUGGGUGUUUGGAUACAUGACUUUAUAAGGAGGUGUGACUGGGAUUUGGAUGUAAUCUUGGGAACUUCUUUGAUUGAUAUGUAUGGAAAAUGUGGUAGGAUUGAAAAAGGUUUGGCUGUUUUCAAUAGCAUGAAAGAGAAGAACACCUUUACUUGGAAUGCACUUAUUAAAGGGCUAGCUCUUGCUAAAAAUGGUAAGGAGACAGUUGGGUGGUUUAAGAGGAUGGAACAAGAAGGGAUCAGAGUAGAUGAAGUGACUUUAGUUUCGGUUUUAAAUGCUUGUAGUCAUUCAGGGUUGGUAGAUAUCGGUAGGCAGAUUUUUCGUUCCUUGAGCGAUGGGAAGUAUGGAUUUUUGCCUGGGGUGAAACAUUAUGCUUGUAUGAUUGACCUGUUAGCACGUUCUGGGUAUCUUGAAGAUGCUUUGAAAUGCUUAAGAGAAAUGCCUUAUGAGCCUACUAAAGCUAUUUGGGGGUCAUUGCUGGCUGGUGGUAAAACUCAUGGGAACUUGGAAUUGAGCGAGUUUGCAGCUCGGAAGCUUGUUGAACUAGAGCCAGGGAAUAGUACUUACUAUGUUCUGCUGUCUAAUAUUUAUGCAGAGAUGGGAAGAUGGAAUGAUGUUGAGAAAGUGAGGGGGAUGAUGAAACAGAAAGACCUUAAGAAAGACUUGGGCUGUAGUUCUGUGGAAUUUGAACCCUCUGACCAAGUUACUCAACUGUUAGCACAAUAA